CCCGCCCCGCCCCGCGGCAGCAAGUGGCAGCGGCCGCCGGUGCCGCGGGGCGCGCUGACAGCCCCGCGCCCAACUUGUGUUGCAGGCGCGCCCCGCCGCUGAUGCGAGAGCUGCCGCCGCGCCAAUGCCAGCGCCGCGCCGCCCGGCCAGCCCCCGCCGCCGCCCCCCGGGCCCGCCCCGCCGCCGCCGCCGCCGCCGCCGCGAUGGCUCUGACCUUGUUCGAUACUGAUGAAUACAGACCACCUGUUUGGAAAUCUUACUUAUAUCAGUUACAACAGGAAGCUCCCCAUCCUAGAAGAAUAACCUGCACUCGUGAGGUAGAGAACAGACCCAAAUAUUAUGGAAGAGAAUUCCAUGGGAUGAUCUCAAGGGAGGAAGCUGACCAAUUAUUAAGUGUUGCAGAGGGAAGCUAUCUCAUUCGUGAAAGCCAAAGGCAACCUGGAACCUACACUUUGGCAUUAAGAUUUGGAAGUCAAACCAGAAACUUCAGACUCUACUACGAUGGAAAACACUUUGUUGGGGAGAAACGUUUUGAGUCCAUCCAUGACCUGGUGACAGAUGGAUUGAUUACUCUUUAUAUUGAAACGAAGGCAGCUGAAUACAUUUCCAAGAUGACAAUUAAUCCAAUUUAUGAACACAUAGGAUAUACAACUUUAAACAGAGAGCCAGCACACAAAAAGCAUAUGCCAACCCUGAGAGAUGAACAUGAUGGCAAAGAGUCUACAGGAGAGGAUGAGGUAGCAGAAAAGAGGUUGACGUCGCUCGUCCGAAGAGCAACUCUGAAGGAAAAUGAACAUGUUCCAAAAUACGAGAAGGUUCAUAAUUUCAAGGUGCACACGUUCAGGGGCCCUCACUGGUGUGAAUACUGUGCCAACUUCAUGUGGGGCCUCAUUGCUCAGGGAGUAAAAUGUGCAGAUUGUGGUUUAAAUGUGCACAAGCAAUGUUCCAAGAUGGUCCCAAAUGACUGCAAGCCAGACCUGAAGCAUGUCAAAAAAGUGUACAGCUGUGACCUUACCACGCUCGUAAAAGCACACUUCACCAAGAGACCAAUGGUAGUAGAUAUGUGCAUUAGGGAAAUUGAAUCUAGAGGUCUUAAUUCUGAGGGACUGUACAGAGUCUCAGGAUUUAGCGAUCUUAUCGAAGAUGUCAAAAUGGCAUUUGACAGAGAUGGGGAAAAAGCUGAUAUUUCUGUGAAUAUGUAUGAAGAUAUCAAUAUUAUCACUGGUGCACUUAAACUGUACUUCAGGGAUUUGCCAAUUCCACUCAUCACGUAUGAUGCCUACCCAAAGUUUAUAGAGUCUGCAAAAACCACGGAUCCGGAUGAACAGCUGGAAAUUCUCCACGAGGCGCUGAAGCUGCUGCCACCUGCACACUGUGAAACAUUACGGUAUCUCAUGGCACAUCUGAAGAGAGUAACACUCCAUGAAAAGGAAAACCUGAUGAGUGCAGAGAACCUGGGCAUAGUUUUUGGACCAACUCUUAUGAGAGCGCCGGAGCUGGACGCGAUGGCUGCACUGAACGACAUCCGCUAUCAGAGACUUGUGGUGGAGAUGCUUAUAAAAAAUGAAGACAUUUUAUUUUGAAUAUUUUGGGGGUUUUGUAAUAAAAAAGGAAGCAACAGUGUUCUAUGGAUGAAGGAAUAUUUUGAAGUAAUUUAAUGGCUCUUGUCACUGAAUUCCAUAUUUGCUAGAGCUUUUGAUGUAUUCAGGAUAAAAAUGAAGGAACUCUUUGUCGUUUCUGUAGUGCCAUUCAGCUGAUGUUGAAAAAGGUUAACACAUACUUUCCAGUACUAGUAAUCCUGGGUGUUUAUCAUGUC